GACAUUUGACAGUAGCAAAACUACGUAGCACAAAAGAGGCGAGCAAUUACACCAUCAAACCACCAUUCCGUUAGUUUCAUAGUUUAAUCGAAUCAGACAGUUGACUGAAUUGAUUUGCAAACGAGAGUUCAUCGUAUUUUGUGUAAAAAUUCCAAUUAUUUAUUUGUUAAAGUAUUCGAUCGAUACUUUAGAAGAUUGAUUCGUUUUCAAUGGCAACCGAAAAUAUGUCUAAUAUGGAUAUUUCGUAUCCAAUUUGGUCGAAAGUAUUGUUGAAUGAUUCCAAAGAAUUGAGAAAAAAACAAUCGAAAGACAGCGCGGGAACGUACAGCCGUCGACUCUUUUCAAAGUUGAAUCACAGUUCAUCGACGCCAAAGAAACGUUCGAAACCAACGUUUUACCAGCGAUAUCAAAAGGCCAGAAAAGGUUCGUCGAGCAAGAAAACGGCGACGAAAGAGUCAAAGCAAAAUAUUGGCAGUGAAUGGAAAAAGGAGUAUGACGUUUGGAAUAUGAUUGUGCAGGCACUCGAUCAAAGUUUGCUCAAAAAUCAUAAGGUUAAUUGGCCGAAAAAGGUGAUUGGCAUUCGUGACUCAAAUGAUAAAAUCCGAUUGAUUCAGAAUCGGGAAGAGUUGCAACAGCAAAUCCUUGUUGCUUCGACCGGUUUAAAAUCGCGGCUCAAAGAUUUACUCAAUGCAAACGAUUCCACCUCUGAUAUUUCACUGAAAAUGAAAUUUAAAUUGGUGCCAGUUGUUGAGAGUCUCACCAUAGUAAACAAAUCUACUGAAACGUCGUACAUGUUUGCCGUGGGUGACAACGAAAUCAACAACAAUGACAUGCAAUGCGAAAAUAAUGAAAUUGAAAAUGAGCCGAUCGAAAAUGAAUUGGAAGAAAAUCAGACAUUGAUUGAUUUCGUCAAUAAUCACGAGAGUACUGGCAACAUCACCUGCGAUAAAACCUUAGUAAACACAACGUGUUCAACGUGGGAAUACUCGGAUUUCUACGAUGGUAUCGUACCAGCAGCUUCGAGUACGUUCGUUUCCGAUGAGAAGGAAAACAUCCCAUGUUUGAUGCACGAAAAGGAAAAUAUACCACAUUUGAUUGCUCCAAAAAGCAAACCAUCAUUGGAUUCGAAAACGUUCUUCGACAGCCCAAUACCAUGUUUUGCGAAGAAGAAGAAGCCCAUCCAAGAUGAUUUUCAGCCAGGACUACAUGAUCUGCAACAAAUAAUGGAAUACUGUAGGAAUGCAAGAAGUACACUCCAGGUGUUAUAUGACAAGGUCAACAUGAUCGAGGAUAGGUACAUAAGUUGGUGCAGGCAACGAUCCAAUCUCAACUUUUCCAUGUCUGGAAUCGACUUUCUUUCUGAUUCGAUAGAACUAUAGAUUUAGUUCUAAUUAUCUACGAAUAGCAAUUUUGUUUAUGUAAUUGAGCAAGCAACACAAUCAAAAAAAUUAUCUGUAUUCUAUUUUAAAUAUUUAUGUUCAUCAAGUGAACUCUGAGUGUAAUUGUAUAUAUUUAAAACGAAUCAUUGGUGGAUAAUUAUUGUGAAAAAAUAUUUAAUAAAAAUGACUAAAAGCGGCAAAAA